UCAGUUUGAAUGUGAGAGAGUCAGAGCCGAUUGUACUUGCAAAGCAAACUGGAUUAACAGCUGAAACAAACUGGACCUGUUUGUUCUGUCUUGAGCGAAAGGUAGAGACUCGGUGACACUGGAUGGCUCUUUAGAAAGAGCUGCAUGCUGCUCAGGUACCAGGAGAGAAAAAUAUGGCUGUUGUACCCGGCUCCUCUCACUCUUCCAAGUAUUGAGUCCGGUGAAGAUCUCUUCUUUGUGCUCGGCUUGGUUCAGUUUACCGUGGACUUGCUGCUGUGGGAGGCUAACUUGCAGUGACAUUGACACAUAACCCUCAACUCUGCUUUGCAGGUUCUCUCUCCACUGGAGUUGGACUCUAAUUUUGGCUUUUGACCCCUGGAACAGGAAAGAGUUUUUGAUUUGGCAGGAGACGAGACCUGCUGAGAACCAGUCUGGACUGACCCACCAGUACUUAUUCAUAAUCGUUGGACAACAGGAACAUUUCUUUUAGCAAACCAGAUCUGAGCCUGACCGCACUGGAGGCGUAUAUUUAAAGGACCUCUCCGGCUGCUCUUGCCCCAGGAGCAUGGGCUCACUCUGGGGCAGCAUUAUGCUGCUGUGUUGGGUGGUUCUGCUCAGGACAGAGGGCAGCGGAGCCCAACAGACCGAGAACAACGUCCCCCGGCUAAAACUGUCCUAUAAAGACAUGCUGGAGUCCAACAACCUUGUGACGUUUGAAGGCCUGGCCAACAGUUCAGCUUACCACACCUUCCUGCUAGAUGAGGAGAAAGGAAGACUUGUUGUGGGAGCCAAGGACCACAUCUUCUCCUUCAACCUCCUCAAUAUCAGCAGAGACUACGCACAGAUCCCUUGGCUGGCUUCUCCCACCAGAAGAGAUGAAUGCAAGUGGGCAGGAAAAGAUAUCUCGAGGGAGUGCUCGAAUUUCAUAAAGGUGUUGCAGCCGUUCAACCAGACCCAUCUGUAUGUGUGCGGGACGGGAGCCUUCCACCCGGUUUGUUCCUACCUGGAGGUCGGCAGGAAACCAGAGGACAGUGUGUUCAAACUGGAUGCUCUUGUAGAAAAUGGCCGAGGAAAGAGUCCCUAUGAUCCCAAGUUACUCACCGCCUCCAUGCUAAUUGAUGGAGAACUGUAUGCUGGGACAUCAGCUGACUUCAUGGGGCGGGACUUUGCCAUCUUUCGGACUCUUGGAAAGCAUCACCCGAUCAGGACGGAACAACAUGACUCACGAUGGCUCAAUGAUCCCAGGUUUGUGGGCGUUCAUCAAAUUCCAGAGAGCGACAACCCAGAAGAUGACAAAAUCUACCUGCUCUUCAAAGAGAACGCCAUAGACGGAGAGCACGCUGGGAAGGCCACACACGCUCGCAUCGGGCAGCUCUGCAAAAAUGACCUGGGAGGUCACCGGAGUCUGGUAAAUAAGUGGACCACCUUCUUGAAGGCGCGACUUAUUUGCUCCGUGCCUGGCAGUAAUGGAAUCGACACACACUUUGAUGAACUACAGGAUGUUUUCCUCAUGAGCACAAAGGAUCCUAAGAGCCCGAUCAUCUACGCAGUAUUUACCACUUCCAGCAACAUCUUCAAAGGUUCAGCUGUGUGUAUGUACAGCAUGACAGACAUCAGGAGGGUGUUCCUGGGUCCUUACGCACAUAGGGAUGGACCCAACUAUCAGUGGGUGCCCUUCCAGGGACGUGUUCCCUACCCGCGGCCCGGCACAUGCCCAAGCAAGACGUUUGGAGGGUUUGAUUCAACCAAGGACCUUCCUGAUGAAGUUGUAACGUUUGCCAGAAGCCACCCAGCAAUGUUCAACGCUAUUUACCCCAUUAACAAUCGACCAAUCAUAGUCAAAACUGAUGUGGACUACCAGUUCACCCAGAUUGUGGUGGACAAAGUAGAAGCAGAAGACGGGCAGUACGACGUCAUGUUCAUCGGCACAGACAUGGGGACGAUACUGAAGGUGGUAUCCAUCCCCAGAGGCUCCUGGCAUGACCUGGAGGAAGUCCUAUUGGAAGAAAUGACUGUCUUCAGAGAGCCAACAGUCAUUACAGUGAUGGAACUUUCAACAAAACAGCAACAACUGUAUCUGGGCUCAGACAUCGGCGUGUCCCAGAUGCCUUUGCACCGGUGUGAAGUUUAUGGGAAGGCUUGUGCCGAGUGCUGCCUGGCAAGGGACCCGUACUGCGCAUGGGAUGGCACCAAGUGCUCCAGAUACUUUCCCAUGGCUAAGAGGAGAACAAGGAGGCAAGACAUCAGGAAUGGAGACCCACUCACACAAUGCCCAGAUCUGCAACACCAGGACGAGUUAAGUGGGCAGGCGACGCUCCUAGAUAAAACGGUGUACGGCGUGGAGAACAGCAGCACGUUUCUGGAGUGCCGUCCCAAAUCCCAGAGAGCCCUGACGCACUGGCAGUACCAGCGCUCUGCCGAGGACCGCAAACACGAGGUCGUAUCAGAAGAGCGUUUCAUCCGCACGGACCAGGGCCUACUGAUUCGCACACUCGACAAGAAGGAUUCUGGGAUCUAUCUGUGCCAGGCGGUGGAGCACGGCUUCAUACAGAUGCUUCUGAAGGUGACCUUGGAGGUCAUUGACACCGAACGCUUGGAGGACCUGCUACAUCGGGAUGAAGCUGCCGCAGCCGUCAUCCCUGCGCGGGCUCUCCCCCCGCCUCAAGGAACCCCAAAUCAGAAGCUGUGGUACAGAGACUUCCUGUCUCUGGUCAAUCACCCAACUCUGAGCAGUGUGGACGAGUUCUGUGAGCAGGUAUGGAAACGAGAGAGAAAGCACAGGAGGCAGAAAGCUCACCUGGCGAAGCAAGUGCAAAUACACCACCACCAGCAGCACCAGCAGCAGCACCACCACCAGCAGCAGAAGGUUGUGAACCCUCGCACUCACGCGCAUGCUCAAGGGCAGGCAGCCAAAUGGAAACACCUACAGGAGAGGCAGAAGGGACGCAACCGCAGGACCCAUGAACUCGAGAGGGCCCCCCGCAGUGUCUGACCUCUAACCCUUGACUUUUGACACUCAAACCACAACCUUGUUCUGUAACCCCGAUUAACCUACCCACCACCCUUCUCCUUCAUCCUGAGAUACAGACCUACUCCACAAAGACUGGAUGGAAAAGUUAAAGUGGUCAAUGGUGGUACUCCUGAUCAGCCGGCGGGUGUGUUCUGUGCGUGGGCAUCGAUGUUUACAGGGCGGCCGUACGGAGGACUGCAGGAAACAGGAAGUUGUAUCACAGCAGACCAUUUGAGCAUGUUAUCUCAGCUGGCCUGUGUGGCCUGAACACUGCACUGUGUCAAGCAGCACAAGAACUGGAGACACACGCCACCCCACCGACAUGACCGAUUCCACAUUGAGAUGUCAAUGGCAUUGUCUCAUGGCAUGCUAGUAAGUCGUCUAUCAGUGUGAAACUAAGUACCUAUAAAUAACUUUCUUUUUCUUUUUUUACUUCACAAAUAUGAGUAGGUGGGAUUGUAAAAAGAAAACAGUCCUGAGAGUAAGUGGACUUGCAGUGGCAUUCCAAGCACAACAUAUAAGUGGAGCUCAUGGAAAGCACAAUUUGGGAUAUUUGGUCAUUUGAGGUAUUACAGACGGUUGAAUCAUCAACACGAGAAAGAAAAAGGCCCGAGCACUGCAAGAAACUCACCAUUUGACAACAAGUACAGCGAUGUAGCUAAGAUGUGUAAAUACUGUCUUGUGGUGUCUCAUCCGUCGAAAGGGAAUGGCUUGCAGUCGUCUUGUUGUUUUAUGUUGUUCCCCAGAUAAACAUUUAUUUAAGAUAAAGUCUGGAAACAGAGAUUGUGUACGAGUCGGUGUGUCUGCGCCUUAGAUAAGCUUCUCAAACCAAGUCAGGUUUUAUAAUUUUACAUAUCAAUAAUGCAUGAAAUGUCAGACUGAGUUUUUUUUAAUGUUGAUUUGAUUUGUUUCCACUAUGUGUAUUUAUUGAUAUACAAUGAUGUACAUUGUGAGAAUGUCUUCCCAUGUGCAGGCCUUUUCUCCUUGGUUUGAUUAAUCUGAUUUCCAGGACCAAUCUCUUAAGAUAAUUGUGUUAUCACAGAUACCGUAGUUAGACUGGAAUAUAUUUAUCAUUAUUGGUCAAUAUUACAUGCAUUUCAUAUCGAAUGCAAUGAGCAAUAACCCAUUAUCAAUACAAUAUGUUUCUUCCACAUUUAAUUCCUCAUAAUCAUAGUCUUCACAUGCGGCGCAGUGUCACAACUUAAAGUCACUGCAUGUAACACACAUACACAUGUGUGUAUCUGAUUAUAACUAUCCUUAUUAGACAAAACACACAAAUACAAACCUGGAAUGUACACUACCGUUCAAAAGUUUGGGGUCACUUAGAAAUGUCUUUAUUUUUCAAAGAAAAGCACUGUUUUUUCUAUAAAGAUAACAUUAAUCAAAAAUACACACUAUACAUUGUUAAUGUGGUAAAUGACUAUUCUAGGUGGAAACGUCUGGUUUCUAAUGAAAUAUCUCCAUAGGUGUAUCGAGGCCCAUUUCCAUCAACGAUCACUCCAGUGUUCUAAUGGUACAUUGUGUUUGCUAAUCGCCUUAGAAGACUAAUAUCUGAUUAGAAAACCCUUGUGCAAUUCUGUUAGCACAGCUGAAAACAGUUAUGCUGGUGAUAUAAGCUAUACAACUGGCCUUCCUUUGAGCUUGAAGUUUGAAGAACAAAAUUAAUACUUCAAAUAUUAAUCAUUAUUUCUAACCUUGUCAAUGUCUUGACUAUAUUUUCUAUUCAAUUUUCAAUUCAUUUGAUAAAUAAAAGUGAGUUUUCAUGGAAGACACGAAAUUGUCUGGAUGACCCCAAACUUUUGAAUGGUAGUGUAGCUGUGAACAUGAUGUAAAUAUAAAUUCUAUAAUGUAUGACACUGUAUUAGUGCAUGUGAAUACUAUUGUAGUGUUCCUGUUUUGCUAUAUAAUGAUAUACUAGUCUGGUGUUGUCACCGUUGUUCUGUCGUUUGCUUAUUCAGUACACAAUAUUAAGUAUUUCAAAGAUGUAAAUACUAUUUCUGUUAGGACUCAACUGUAUAAUUGAUCAUUCCUGAGGUAGGUAUUCAUUAAAAAAAUAUAAAGAUUGAAACAUGAUCUAACUGUAGAUAUAAAGGUUCAUGAACCUGUUAACAAUGAACAACAAUGCCAGUCGAGCAACGCGCCACCAGCACGUCCGAGGACCUCCAGCGUGUGUUUGCAAACCUCGUCUGCUUCUGGAAGCCGUGACGGAGGAAGAUGAGAAACAGCUGCAGUCGCCCCUGAGAAAGUAAUGUCUGGCUAACAAGACGAGCUCAACACCACCAGAGUUUUAGAGCUUUUAAUGGAGACGAGCAUAUGAUAAGAUCAUCACUGUAAAGAGAACAUAUAGGGGCUCACUGCAUGAGUCUGGACAUACAGUGGAAGUGAGGAAAUGAAGUGCUGCUGCUGCUUUUUGGCAUGAUGAUUGUGGCGAUGAUGUAUUCUACUGAUCUAAUAAAUGUCUCUUCAUGAA